CCACCAUCUAAAACAAAAUCUCCUGCCCACAACAGAUUGGUAGGCAAGAUGAUGUUUAAUCUUGUGAUCAAAUUUGCAGUUUUUCUCUGCUUUCUCUCUCUAAAUUUAGUCUCUUCUUCUCUCUCCAACGCAUCUCCAUGUCCACUGGAUCUAAACUAUGUCAAAACUAUUCCAUGGGACUCCUCUUCCUGCCAGAACCACCAUGGAACCACUGGAAAUGAUGCAUCAACCACAUGUUGUCAAACACUCCUCAGCCUCUAUGGUGUAGCCUUUGCUCAGUACCUCAACAAGACCUCUCUUUUCAGGCUUCCUGACCUCCCAACCUCCAUUUCCUGUCUCUCUGAUCUCCAAACAAACCUCAAUUCUCUCUCUUUACCCACCAAUCUCACGUCCAUAUGCUUUCAACCCCAACAAUAUGUCAACACAACAAAUGUUUGUGCAAAUGUCCAAACCAAACAAGACUGGCUCGAUAAGAUCGGACCAUCCACUUCCCUUGACACUGCCUGCCGGCCAGACCUCUCUGACCUUACUUACUGCGAUUCAUGUGUCCUUGCCGGAUUUCAGGUUCAAUCCAAGUUGGUUUCCAUUGAUGGCAAUGCUUCUCACAGUCGAGGCUGCUUUUACUAUACAAUUCUGUAUGCUGCUGGUAUUGUAAAUAAGCUUGGCCCAGAAAGUCUGGGUGCACUCACAUGUAUUUUGGGGCUGCCUAUGUCCUUGCCUACUGGGACAGAGAAUACACGACGAUUGGUACUAGUUUUCGGGUCUUCUGGAGUUAGUUUUUCCCUAUCAGUCAUGUCCUGUUUUCUGGCUUUGUACUUUGGGUUGAAUAGGUGGAGGAGGAGGAAGAUUUUUGCGAGAGAUUCGUCUGGUUUUGGGUUUGAUUUGGAUGAUCAUGGUCAUAGAGCACGUUUAAAUUUGCGCCCCAACCAUGGAUCAGUAUGGUUCCAAAUUCAAGACCUUAAGAAGGCAACCAAUAAUUUUUCCCCAAAAUGUUUGAUUGGGAAAGGCCAUUUUGGUAUUGUUUAUCGAGGUACUCUCCGAGAUGGAACCAUGGUUGCUGUCAAGAAGAUCAUAGAAUCGGACAUUCAAGGGGAUGCUGACUUUUGCAAUGAAGUCGAGAUUAUUAGCACUUUGAGGCAUCGAAAUUUAGUGCCACUUAGAGGUAGUUGUGUGACAGAUGUGUUUGAUGAAAACUAUGGUAUUAGAGAGAAUCAGAGAUACCUUGUUUAUGAUUACAUGUCAAAUGGGAAUCUCAAUGACUAUUUGUUUGUUUCGAAAGAAAAUCAAAAUGGAAUUUGCAAGAAAAAAUUGACAUGGCCUCAGAGGAAGAGCAUAAUCUUGGAUGUGGCAAAGGCAUUAGCUUAUCUACACUAUGGAGUGACACCCGCAAUAUAUCAUAGAGAUAUUAAGCCCUCUAACAUACUGUUAGAUGCAGAUAUGAGAGCAAGAGUGGCGGAUUUUGGCUUGGCAAGACAAAGCACAGAAGGCCAGUCUCAUCUCACUACACGAGUGGCGGGGACUCAUGGAUACUUAGCUCCAGAAUACGCACUUUAUGGGCACUUAACCGAAAAGAGUGAUGCUUAUAGCUUUGGAGUGGUGGUUUUGGAGAUCAUGUGUGGUAGAAAAGCUCUUGAUUUGUCAUCCUCGGGAUCGCCAUCAACGUUUCUGAUUACAGAUUGGGCUUGGUCCCUUGUGAAAGCUGGAAAAAUUGAUGAAGUUUUUGAUGUUUCCUUGUUGGGAAAUGAGGAAUCUGUGAAUAGAAAUCCUAGGGCGAUAAUGGAAAGAUUUGUGCUGGUUGGGAUUUUGUGUUCCCAUGUAAUGGUGGCUUUGAGGCCUACAAUUUUGGAUGCGUUGAGAAUGCUUGAAGGGGAUAUUGAGACCCCCGAAAUUCCCGAUCGCCCGAUAUAUGCCGACGGGAAUUUUUUCAGUUCAUUGAGCACAUCAAGGAGGCCUCCAUUGCAGACAUGAGCUGUUCAGUUGACAUGUAAAAGCUUGUAGUGUAUAUAGUGUGUAAUUUAACUUAGAGUUGAGAUUCUAAUGGAAAUAGAAAGUCUUAUUGUUAGUCCUAACAUGAUGUUCCUUACCUCCCUAUCAGUUCUCUAAAAGGAGUGAAGCAUAGUUCCCUCUUACUUUUGUUUUAAGCUUGAAUCUCCCUUCUUGCCUUAAGCUUUCUAAGGUUUCUA